GAGUAACCCUACUUGCCAACAACAACAACAUCUAUGAAAAAUAGAUCGAAAAAUCAGUGAGUGUUGAAAUACAGCAUCAUCCACACAUACUCGGUUGUGGUUGUGAAUCUAAUAGUUUUUAUAAAUAGUGAUACUUCAUCUUAGCAAUGGAAUGCAUGGUCUUAUGUACUAUUGUUACUUCAAUGAGACGUGAAAAAUAAGCAGGCCAUAAAAAACAUGUCUUAUUUUAAUAUUAAGGAAACACCAAGUUCAGAGUCCAAACAAUGUGUUGUGGCUACUAAUAUACUAUUUUCCAAUAAACUUAUUGAUGAAAAUGAAAAACAAGAAAGUGAUACAUAUAAGCAUGUAGAGUCUGUUCAACAAGACCAAAAAGUCUUGGGCUGUUUACCAAAUGUCAACAUUAUUGAAAGGCAUUUAGAAUCUGAGGAGGACAUUUCUGACAAUAAUUGGGCAUGCAAGUUAAAAGCUACAUAUGAUGGAAAGCCUAGAACAACAUGUUAUGGAAAAGAUAACAGAACAAGUCCACUCCCUAACAAUUCAUCAUGCAAACCAACAAGCAUGUGUCACACAGUUCACUUGAGAAAUGAUGAUGUCACUGAUCAUGAAAAAGCUAACUACGCACUCCAUAAACAUACUGAAAAAGAUGACUUCUGCCAUGGAAAUGAUAAUGACUGCUUUGGUAAUGAAAAUUUUGAAAUGAAUUGUCAAAAGUUAAUAGAAAUGGACUCGGAUAAAGAAAAUUCUGAAAUUUACUUGGCAAAUGAACAUACUGAAACCAACAUGGCUUUUGAAUAUUGUGAAACUGAUUUGCCUUAUGAACAUAGUGAAAAUAACUUGGCAAAAGAACAUACUAAAACUAACUUGGCUAAAGAAUAUAGUGAAACUUAUAUGACUAAAGAACAUACUGAAAUUAACUUGUCUAAUGAACGAACUGAAACUAACGUUGCCAAAGAACAUUCUGAAUCUAACUUCGCUAAAGAACCUUCUGAAACUAACUUCACUAAAGAAAAUACUGAAACUUACUUGGCUUAUGAACAUACUGAAACUAACUCGGCUAAAGAACUAACUGAAACUGACUGGCUUAAUGAAGAUCCUGAAACUAACUGGCUUAAUGAAGAUAUUGAAACUAACUGGCUUAAUGAAGAUACUGAAACUGUCUGGGUUAAUGAGCAUCAUGAAAUUACUUUUGCUUGUGAACACAGUAAAACUAACUUGGCUUAUGAACAUACUGAAACUAACUUGGCAUAUGAACAUAAUGAAAGUAACAUGGCUAAAGUACAUAUAGAAACUAAUUUGGCUAAAGAACAUACUGAAACUAAAUUGGCCUAUGAAGAUUCUGACAUUGACCUUGCUAUUAAAUAUACCAAUAUUGAUUUUGGUAAUGAAAAAACAGAAAAUCACUUGGCUAAUGAAGUAAUAAAUGAACAUACUAAAAUUGGCUUGGCAAAUGUCCACAUUGAAACUUAUUCGGCUAAUAAACAUACUGAAGUCAAUUCCACAGGAAACAAAGCUAUUGAAACUGAUCACUUGGUUGUAGUUAAUGAAUGUAAAGUCGCUCAUUAUUCAGAUAAUAAAGCCUCUACUACCGAAAUCACUACUGCAAGAAGCACUCUGAAUGAACUAACAGAGUCAGAAGAAUUAUGUGAGGAACCCUCCAAAACCAGACAUAGCAUAGAUUCUCAAAGUGAAACUUCAAAUGAUGUAAAUGUUGAUGCAGAAGGUCUAUGGGAGCAGUCAUUGAUAUCUGACUUCCAAAGCAUAAGAAAUGAUUUGGCACAAUAUGAGACACUAGAUAAAACUUCAAUUGAUAGAUGGCAAAUAAAAGUUAAUUCCUCUUCUAUGAAAACAAGUUCAACCAAAAGAACAAAGAUUUCUGAUAGCAAAUCAAAUCAUGAUCCUGGCGAGACUUUCCAUAGACCUUAUUCUUCAACCAGUACUUGGAAGCCAAGUGUAACAUCCACUGAUGAGUCAAAUAUCAAGUCAAGUGUUAUAUCCACUGAUGAUUCCAACAUCAAGCCAAGUGUAACAUCCACUGAUGAUUCCGACAUCAAGCCAAGUGUAACAUCCACUGAUGAUUCCAACAUCAUAUCUCAGCUGAAAAUAAUCAGGAAUGAGUUGCUGCACAUUGGAAGAGUGGAUGUUUUGGACCAUGAAGACCUUGGAUUACAGGCUCUGUUUCAAGAACAAUCCAUGAGAACAAAAGUUAAUGCAAAGAGCAAGUCCAGUAAAAAACGAAAAAAGCGACUCCAAAAGCUUGUAAAUCCACCGAAAAAUUGCAGUUCAGGCCUACGUCAUAAACGAUUUGCCACUUCUUUUGAGGAAUUACACCGCAGUGCACUGUUUCUGGAUAUUGACGUGGACACUAAGUUCACAUGCAGUGUGUGCCUGGAGCUCUAUUACAUUCCGACAGCGUGCAGACCUUGUGGUCACAUUUUUUGCGAUCCCUGUCUACGACGACUUACAGCACAGGGGGCAGAAAACGUGCCUUGCCCCCUGUGUCGAUCGAUUAUAGCAAGAUGUGAUGUUGAUACAGAAUUAGACGCACACUUAAUGAUGAACUAUCCGGAAAUCUAUUCACACAGAGCUACGCAGGAACAGAUAUCCAAGUAUCGCCAUUACAAACUUCCCUUGACCAUACCAGUUCCUCUAGGCAGGAGGAUCAUCAGGCAGAUGAUUGGCAGUCGGAACAACCAGUCAGAUUGGAGCUGGAUGUCACAUGACUGGGUCAAAUUAGUAUUGGGCUGCACAGCGGGUCUGUGCCUAGCCCUGCUCAUUCUGGUGCUCUAUCGCGUGAGGACUGUGAAAGAUCUCAUGGAUGUGUUUAUUCUAUUUCUCUCCGUCGCCCUAGGGGGUUGUUUGACAGCUGUGAUAUUUAAACUUUUCAAAAUAUAAGCAAGAAAGUGUGAUCUUGCUAUUGCAUGGCGGCAAAGUCAAUUAAGUUUAUAUGUACAAUUGUUUGCUACAGAUGUGCAGUUCUCAGAAUUCCCAACUGCAGUCCAUACACAAUAUUUCAUAGAUGCUUACAUGUACAUUUCAUCAGUACUUAAUAGAAAAAAAGUUGUCAUUAAUUCACUUUAUGGAAGAAAAACAUUUAUAAAGCUUUUUGACUCGAUGUGGUUGGUGUGAAAGGUGUAAAUACUUUAAUAAAGGGCUUGAAGAACCUAGUGUGCUUAGACCAUGUCAGAUAGAUUUGUGCCGUGCUCUGUGGAAAGGGGGUUUAAUGUGUGUGCGUGAAGUGUCGUCCCAGAUUAACCUCUGCAGUCUGCACAGGCUAAUCAGGGACGACACUUUCUGCCUAAACUGGAUUUUUGCUAUGAAGGGACUUUCUUCAAAUGAAAAAUAUCAUAAAAGUGGAAAUUGUCGUCCCUGAUUAGCCUUUGCAGACUGCACAGGCUAAUCUGGGACGACACUACGCAUGUGCAUUAAACCCCCUUUUCACAGAGCAUGGCCCAUUUAAUUAUUUUGAUAUUUAUUAUACAUUACUGAGUACAAAAUUACGAUUUUGAAAGAAUACCAUGUAGAACAUCUGACUAGUUUAUGAUUGAAAUAUUACAAACUUGUGAUUGGUUUAAAUGCUUCUGACUAGUUUAUGAUUGAAAUGUUACCAACUUGUGAUUGGUUUAAAUGCUUCUGACUAGUUUAGGAUUGAAAUGUUACCAACUUGUGAAUGGUUUAAAUGCUACAGACUAGUUUUUGAUUGAAGUGUUACCAACUUUUGAAUGGUUUAAAUGCUACAUACUAGUUUAUGAUUGAAAUGUUAACAACUUGUGGUUGGUUUAAAUGCUUCUGACUAGUUUAUGAUUGAAAUGUUAACAACUUGUGAAUGGUUUAAAUGCUACUGACUAGUUUAUGAUUGAAAUAUUACAAACUUGUGAAUGGUUUAAAUGCUUCUGACUAGUUUAUGAUUGAAAUAUUACAAACUUGUGAAUGGUUUAAAUGCAUCUGACUAGUUUAUGAUUGAAAUAUUACAAACUUGUGAAUGGUUUAAAUGCUUCUGACUAGUUUAUGAUUGAAAUGUUACCAACUUGUGGUUGGUUUAAAUGCUUCUGACUAGUUUAUGAUUGAAAUGUUACCAACUUGUGGUUGGUUUAAAUGCUUCUGACUAGUUUUUGAUUGAAAUAUUACCAACUUGUGGUUGGUUUAAAUGCUUCUGACUAGUUUUUGAUUGAAAUGUUACCAACUUUUGAAUGGUUUAAAUGCUACUGACUAGUUUAUGAUUGAAAUGUUACAAACUUUGUGAUUGGUUUAAAUGCUUCUGACUAGUUUAUGAUUGAAAUGUUACCAACUUGUGAUUGGUUUAAAUGCUUCUGACUAGUUUAUGAUUGAAAUGUUACCAACUUGUGAAUGGUUUAAAUGCUUCUGACUAGUUUAGGGCUGAUUUAGUCUCCAGUGUUCAUAUUUUUGUGAAGAUAUAAUUUUGUUGAUUGUUUGCAAUAGAAUGCAUUUGUUUUGAUGGUUAUAUAUUUGUUUUAUUUGUUGUCAACUUUACAUGCUAUUUAUUAAGUCUGUAUAACUUAAAAAAGAUAGAAGUAUUUAUUGAGUUGUAUAAAUUUUUACAAAUCACAUAUAGUAUAUUGAGAAAUAUUAAAUCAUACCAUUUUGGGUCAAAUUUCAACUUAUGGACCAGAAAAUAUGCAUCUUCAUAUUUAAAAAUAUUUAUUCAAUGAGGAUGUUCGAAUGGAUGUGAUCUAUACAGUAUUGAUUUACAUUGAUUCUAAAUUGUACACAUAUUAUACAAGCCCUAUUACAGGCUAUGCUAUGUUUGUCAUUCCAAUAUGGCGGCCAUUCAUGGCAGGGGAGUAGGGCUUUGUCUUAUCUAUUCUGGUGGGAAUUCCCACAUAGUUGAGCUGAAAAGAAAAAUAAGCCACGUAUUACAUGUAUAUUUAAAUUGUUUAAAGGAUAGUUUAAAAGACUCGGUCUGAACUUGUUUGCUAUGUAUAUAAUAUUUAAACUGGUUUGCGCAAAAAUACCAGUCAUUAGUAGGAAAAGAUUUUGUGUCAAUAUUUAA